AUGAACAUCCAAGCUCUUCUCCUGGUCGCGGCUUCUAUGACCGCUCGCGCCUCCGCCGAGUUCACCGUCACCUCCGGAACCACCGAAGCCGCCACCUCCACCUCGGAGAACGCGGCCUUCGUCAAGCAGUGGACGCUGAACGCGGCCAACUCCGCCGACACCAUCGACUCCAUCGACCUGGACCUUGCCGGUCGCGUGUACGUGAGCUAUGUGAGUGGCCUGCCGAGCGGCGUGCUCGGCUACGUGAACGUGACGGGCGACUCGCAGACGGUGGUCGACGCAGUGACGGUGAGCAACGACGACGACACCGACAAUGACAACGACGACAAUGACACGAACGACACGGACGGAGAGCUCAACGUGGUCGUCGAGGACGGCGUGCUGGUGUCGAGCAGCACCACCGCGGAGCUGCAGGUCGAGGCGAGCGGCUCCAGCGCCGUGUACGUGUCGGCGGCCAACACCGACGUGAGCGUGCGUCAGCUGCAGCUGGAGGCAGCCGGCACCUCGAAGAUCGAGUUCCAUGUCAAGAGCGUGUCGGUGACCGAGCUCGAGCUGGAGACGCAGGGCACCGGCACUAUCUGCACCAGCGCGGAGACGGUCACGGCCACCAACUACCAGGGCACGGACGCCAGCCGCAUCUCGAUGCCCAACGCGUCCAGCAAGUACGACUCCACGGGCUCGUUCGCGUGUGACGUGUCCAGCGUCCCUGCGCGCGAGCCUUCAUGCGUGUCGAGCGCCUGUGCUUCGUCGUCGACUUCGGGCACGACGGUGGGCACGGCCGGCAGUGGCACGUCGACGUCCGCCACGGUGACUUCGGCUCCUACGACGACCACGGACGAUGACGACAAUGCCAGUGAUGACACCAACGCGUCCUCCACCCCUCGCCUCGCUGCGCUGGCGGCCGCUGCGAUCGGUGUGGUUGCUGCCAGUCUGCUGUAAACAGCAUAUGACAGCCUAGGACGUUGAGCUCAAGUAUUACCUCUUAUUCCUCGGCGGGAGUACUAGACUCCCGUCCGCUUAGCAAAUUGAUCGCAAUAUAUUCCCAAAUAGUUUUCACUCC